AUGGAUAACGCGCUUAACCCACGUUUGAGACCAGAAUUCUUGGCUCCUUACUUCACCAUCGCUGCCGCCACCGCUACCGCACCAUCACCACCACCACCCCUGCGCAUCGAGCAAUACUGUGCUAUUAAAUGCCACUGUCCCGGUCGAUGUGCUUUCUACCCUAGCAUAGGUCACGUGACCAACGUGCUGGAAGACAUGUAUACGCUGUACUGUGAAGAUCGUUAUGGCCCAUGGAGUGAAGGAAACAAACCGGUCACCCAGGGUCGUUCGGGUCUGUUAAAAGCAAUCUCUGAAAUGAUGCAGUUGCAAAUCCGUAUAUUCACCCCACCCCCUACCCGAGUGAACGAGUGA